UCUGGGACGUGCCCGCCCCGGUGACUCACAAGGGGUGUGCACAGGUGCGGGACACCGCGUCCCCACGGUCACGGGAGGACUGUUUGGAAUGAACUGUCUCUAUGGUGCAGGGGGAGCGGGCGUGGGAGCCUCGUCUCUAUGACUGCCGCAGCCCGGACAGCUCGUCGCUCAGCUCGUCGCCGCCGCCCCCGCCGGAGCCCCCGGCCCCGCUGCCGCCCUCCAUGAUCGGUGCGGCCAUGACCUCCGCCCUGGGCUCGCCCGGCGCCAGCCUCGGCUCCCCCUUCCCCGUCAUCAGCUCCUCCAUGGGCUCCCCCGGCCUGCCCGCCACGCCCGCCGUCGGCUACGGGCCCGUCAGCAGCCCGCAGAUCAACUCCACGGUGAACCUGUCAGGGCUGCACUCGGUGAGCAGCUCAGAUGACGUGAAGCCGCCGUUGGGCAUGCGGGGGGUUCCCUGCCACCCCCACGGUGGCAUGAUGCCUGGGAAGCGCCUCUGCGCCAUCUGUGGGGACAGGUCAUCAGGUAAGCACUAUGGCGUGUACAGCUGUGAGGGCUGCAAGGGUUUCUUCAAACGGACGAUCCGCAAGGACCUGACCUAUACGUGCCGGGACAACAAGGACUGCGUGGUGGACAAGCGCCAGCGCAACCGCUGCCAGUACUGCCGCUACCAGAAGUGCUUGGCCACCGGCAUGAAGCGCGAAGCGGUGCAGGAGGAGCGGCAGCGGGGCAAGGAGAAGGAGGGGGACAAUGAGCUGGGGGCCAGCGCCAACGAGGAAAUGCCAGUGGAGAAGAUCCUGGACGCUGAGCUGGCUGUGGAGCAGAAGUCGGACCAAAGCGUGGACGGGUCGGCCAGUGGCGGCAGCUCGCCCAAUGACCCGGUAACCAACAUCUGCCAAGCAGCCGACAAGCAGCUGUUCACGCUGGUGGAAUGGGCCAAGCGCAUCCCCCACUUCUCUGAGCUGCCCCUGGACGACCAGGUCAUCCUGCUGCGGGCCGGCUGGAACGAGCUGCUGAUCGCGUCAUUCUCGCACCGCUCCAUCUCGGUGAAGGACGGCAUCCUCCUGGCCACAGGGCUGCACGUGCAUCGCAACAGUGCCCACAGCGCCGGUGUCGGUGCCAUCUUUGACAGGGUGCUGACGGAGCUGGUGUCCAAAAUGCGGGACAUGCGCAUGGACAAGACGGAGCUGGGCUGUCUGCGCGCCAUCAUCCUCUUCAACCCAGACGCCAAGGGGCUGUCAAACCCGGGGGAGGUAGAGCUGCUGCGGGAGAAGGUGUAUGCAUCGCUGGAGUCCUACUGCAAGCAGAAGUACCCGGAACAGCAGGGCAGGUUUGCCAAGCUGCUGCUGCGGCUGCCAGCCCUGCGCUCCAUUGGGCUGAAGUGCCUGGAGCACCUCUUCUUCUUCAAGCUCAUCGGGGACACCCCCAUCGACACCUUCCUUAUGGAGAUGCUCGAGGCCCCCCACCAGCUCUCCUGAGCCCCCGCCACCACCACUGGACUCGGAGGGGGGGCCGGAGAGGGUGCUGCACCCCGUCUUCACCCUUCUCCCUAUAUUGGGGGGGUUGGUAUAAUAGGGGACCCCCUAUGGCUGGUCCUGAUGCCCCCCCUCAGCCCCAGGACAGGGGUGUCUCCAGCACAGCAGCCCCCAGGAAGCGGGGGGGGGGUUGGGAGGCCCCCCCCCAGGUCAGAGUGGACCCCUGUGGGGGGGAUUUGUCUGGAUUUUAACUAUAUGGGAGGGGAAGGGGGGGGGCGGUUCCUGCCCGUUCCCACCCCCCCCAGCUCCUAUCACUGGCCCAUGAUGGGGGGGAACACCCCUGCCUCCCCAAACCCCGAUUCUCAGGCACCUGGUUCGCACUUUGCUCCAGCCCCGGCCCCUCCGCUGACUAUGCAGCAGGUACCAGCCCCUCCUCCCCUCUCAACCUACAGGCUCCUCCUAAGGGGGGGCAGCACCCUGGCUUGGCCCCUGCUCCCCCCCCAGCCCCCCUGUCUAUGGGGUGGGGCCUUUUUCUGGUUAUGGGGUUGGGGGUAGACUUGGGGGGUCACCUCCCUGGAGACGUGGCAGCCUGCCUCCCACUCCUGACGGUUUGUACUGAGUUGCUGCGGGGGGAAAGGGGGGUAUCUGGGCCCCACCCCCCUCCCCCAGGUUUUAUUUGGGGUUUUAUUUUAUUUUAUUUUAUUGGCUUUUAUGGACCCCCUACAUCCCCCUAGCUUUGGAUUUCAGUGAUUAAAGUUGCUGCUUCUCAGUCA